AGCCGAUCUGGCAACCUGCACAGCUGUUUAAGUUUGCAAUUUUUCAUACAUUUAUGUUUUCGUUUUGCAAUUUUAUGUUUACAAAUUUAUUUGCAUUUUAAAUGCAAACAUGAACAACGACUGGCCAGGCGACGACGCCGCAUUCGAUUUGGCAUUAAAUGAUGAAGCCUUGGGUAAACUACUAGAUGCACCAACGCAGCAGCAGCCGCCAAACAUUAGCCCGGAGUUCGAGGGCUUCGAUGAGAGCUGCGGCAAUAAUUGGCUUUAUCCGAGCAAUUUGCCGCUUCGCUCGUAUCAGCACAGCAUUGUCCAGGCGGCGCUCUAUCGGAACACCCUGGUGGUGUUGCCUACGGGACUGGGCAAGACAUUCAUUGCAUCCGUGGUGAUGUACAAUCUGUAUCGCUGGUAUCCCAAAAGCAAGCUGAUUUUUAUGGCGCCAACUCGUCCGCUGGUCUCACAGCAGAUUGCCGCCUGCCAGAAGAUAAUGCCCUUUCCCGCCGAGGACACGGUGGAGCUAACGGGCCGUUUGCCGCGUGCCAAACGCGCUGAGCUGUGGCUGAGCAAGCGCGUCUUCUUUGCCACGCCCCAAGUGGUGCAGUCGGACAUGCUGGACACGGGCGAUGGUAUGCAGUUUCCAUACAUGUCCAUCAAGCUGCUGGUGGUAGAUGAGGCGCACAGGGCCAAAGGACGAUAUGCAUACACACAGGUAACGGAAUCCAUCAUGGCACGCAAUCCAUACUUCCGCAUGCUGGCCCUGUCCGCGACGCCUGGACGCACCAUGGACGAUGUGGCAGCUGUGUGUCGAAAUCUGUACAUCUCGCAUCUGGAGGUGCGCUGGGAGGACUCGAUUGAUGUGCGGCAGUACGUGCAUAAGCGCAGCAUGCGCACAAUUGUUGUGCCCCUCAAGGAUCGCAUCAAGGAGCCGCGUGCACGUCUGCUGGAAAUCAUCGAUCCCUAUCUGCGCCAGCUAAUUGCGGCAAAUGUGCUGAAGAACGCGCGUGGCAACAUCUCGCGCAACAAUCUGCUGUACGAUCAGAGCCGUUUCCAGGAGCGCGUCGCCAACGGGGAGCGUCAUCCGGAGCAUAGUCUAAUUGUCAGUAAUUUUGCCAUGUGCAUCAGCCUGUAUCAUGCCAUGGAGCUGCUCGAGCGGCACGGUCUGCGCGUCUUUGUCAACAAUUUCGAUGCGGACGAGCAUGGACGGGAUAAGUUUGUGCUGAAGGAUGUGGCGCUCAGGGAGCUAGUGGAGCACGUGCGCCAGCAGCUGGGUUCCAAUCCCCUAGACUUUUCCACGCACGCCAUGACCAAUGGCCAGGUGGCGCCUCUGCCUGCAACACUGGACUUUGGACAUCCCAAAUACGAGCAGGCGCGUCAGGUGCUGCUCCAGCACUUCGAGUCGCAUGCCGAUUCGCGUGCCAUUGUCUUCUGUGAGUAUCGUGAGUCCGUGAUGCUGAUUCAACGUUUACUGCUGCAGCACAGGCCGCUGGUGCGUCCGCGUUGCUUUGUGGGCCAAAGCUCCGGCGGCAGUGGGAUUUGUGCUCUCACCCAGAAGGAGCAGCUGCAAAUAAUGUCGGACUUUCGCCAGGGCAUUACCAAUGUGCUGGUGGCCACCUCGAUUGGCGAGGAGGGCCUCGACGUGGGCGAGGUGGAGCUGAUUGUGUGCUUCGAUAUAUGCAGCUCGAACCCAACGCGUUUUGUGCAGCGCAUUGGGCGCACGGGCCGGCAAAAGCGCGGCGACGUGGUCAUGCUGGUCACCGAGGGACGGGAGCAGCAGCUGCUGAAGGAGAUGCUGGCCAACAAGGAUCAAACGAAUCGCAAGCUCCUGCAAUCGACGCUGGUUAAAAGCGCUCUGUAUCAGCACGCCCCGCGCCUGGUGCCGCCGCAGUAUCAUCCGCGUUGCGAACAGCGUUUCAUGGAGCCGGCACAAGUCAAGCCGCAGCCACCAUCGCCUGCGAACAAGGCGCGUGGCAGGCAGCCAAAGCAGGCAACGGUUGGGUGCCAGGAUCUGCGCAAAUAUUUUAAGCAAAGCCAGGACAGGUUUCUGCAGGGUGAACCCACCUAUAAGACGAGCGCGGCCUCGCAGCAGCUGCUGCAGGAGCAGGCGGCGCGACACAGCGUGCCUAUCAAGAACUUUCUGCUGGACACGCAGCCGGGCACCCCAGCCGAGGCAGCUGCACCAGCCAAUGAGAGCAGCUCAACAAGCAGCAGCCAGGAGCUGAUGCAGCGUCUGCGUAAGAUUACGCGCCUGCUGCAGGCCACAAAACCGCUGGUGAGUGACUCGCAGCGCAAUCAGGAUUUGCAGGCGCAGCUGCAGGACAAGCAGCUGCCGGCUGCUCUCAAGCUCUAUCUGCUGGAAUCCAAUGUCUGCUUCGUGCGCGAUAUCCAUGCCAAGAUGCUGGAGCAAAUGCAGCGGCAGCUGCCGGCUGCGCGUCUGAACUCACGACAGCAGCGCACGCGACGCAUCUACGAGCUGCUGCAGGCGGUCUGCGGCGAGCACCUGGAGCGGCUCCUGCAGCCGGAGUCAAGCGGCGCGGAGCUGACCCUGCAGGAUUUGCUGCAGCCAGACGAUGAGCAGCAGCGCUUUGAGGCGGACUGCGUGGAUAUAUUUGCGGGUCUGCGGGAGCAGGGUCUGUGUGCGGAUAACCAUGAGCUGCUGCAGCAGCAAUUGGAGCAACUGGAGCUGCGUCGCCUGGAGCAGACCAUGAAGGAGCAGCUGGGCGACGAGUCGACGGGCAUCUACGAGGAUUGGCAGGAGCAGCAGCUGGCGGAGCAGGACUCGCUGCUGGCAGACGCUUCUGUCUAUCAAAGCCAAUGGGCGAACUCGGUGCAUACCGCGGAGCACAGCUCCACGCCGUUGCGAGUGAAGCAGCUGCCACUGGAAGACGACUCCAGGGUGGAGUCCAGCCAGCUGAGCGCCAAUCUGAGUCGCCUUAAUUGCCUGAUGAGUGCGGCAAGCACGCCAUUCAACAAAAAGCUGGACAAGCACUCGCUGCUGGCAGAGCUAGAUGAAGAUCUGUCCACCUUUGAUGAGCUGGCCAAUCAGCAGCAGCAGCAGCAGGAAUGCCAGCCCAAGGCAGCUGAUGCCAUGCCGGAGGCACUCGACAUCGAUCUCAAUGAUUUCUUGGAACCGCUGCCCGAGGAGCAGCUGCUGCAGCAACCGGAGCAACAGCCGCCCGCCUUGUCAGCGGCAACCACGCCGCGCAACCUAUCGCCUGAUCUGUUCUCGGAGGACUCCAUGUCGCCCUGCAAGCCCGCAACAACAGCGCCUGCUCCAGCCAGAAGCUUAGCCGCCAAACUGGCCGCCAAAUCCACGGCUGCUGUGCAUGCCGAACACUCGCCGGUGCGGGCCAGAGCGCCCGUUGGCCAGGAGAAAUCCCCCAGCAUUUUUGAGAAUUAUCUGCGCAGCAUGCGCGGGCGUGGUCAGUUGUCCAAGGAGGCGCAACGUAUACAUCGCAUGACCAGCUUGUCAGCUGCUAAUGAAGCUGAAGCUGGUGCCGCGCCUGUCCAGGAAGAGGAGGAUUCACCAAUAGUGCGACGCCGGCCAGCUAAGCGAAAGAUCUAUGACACAUUCGACGAGCAGGAGGAGGAGCAGGAGCAGGCCAAGGAUGAGUCAAAGUGCGUGCUCGCUACGCAGCUUCUGGCGGAGGACAGCUUUGAGCAGGUGCCCGCCACUCAGCUGCAGGAGCUGGUGACGCCGCCGCGUCGCAAACGCGCCAGGUUCAAUGCGUUCGUCUUGCAGGAGGCGGAGCAAAGUGGCUCCGAUCACGAGGAGGAUGAGGAUGCGGAACGCACCUACGGCGCUUACCUCAAGGACUCUGUCAUUGUGUCCAGCGAGGAUGAGGGCCACAACGAUACCACGACACAUGCCAUGUACCUGCAGGCGAUGAAGAGUCCUGUGCAUCGUCCGGGCGCCUUCAAAAUGCCUGCGCCGCGUGCGUUCCACGACGAAUCGAUUUUCUCUCAGCCCGUGGAGGCGGAGCCAUCGCAAUACUAUCCCUGCUCGUUUGUGGUGAGUGAUGAGAGCGAGGCGGAUGACAAGCACGACAUAUCCGAAUGCCCGCUGGAGCGUGCCGAGCGCAUUCUCAAGGAGCAGCGACGUCAGCGACGACGUGGCGCCCCAAUCGACCAGAAUCCGCCAGUUGUCAGGAGCAAGCGGCGGCGCAUUCACACGCUGAGCGAUUCCAGUGACGAUGAUGUUGUCUACGUUAAAUGAUUAAGCCUUCUCAUGUGUAUACCCUAUAACAGACCGAAUUUAUUCCCUCUUACGACUCAGGCUUAACGUGCUCCAGAGACGAUGUCAAUUGAUUAAUCCAAGUGCUGCCAGCUCUUCUAGACUACCUCUCUAUUGUAUGCCCUGUACUUUACUUCAUGUAUACCCUCUACAGACUUGACGUUGUCUAUGUCAAUUGACUAUUCCAAGUGCCAGUUUAACACUUCCUCUCCUUUGUGUAGCCCUUACUUUACUUCAUUCUUACCCUGUACAGACUCAGGUUUAUGUUAUGGGAUGAUGUUAUCUUUGUUAAAUGAUUAGCCCGAGUGCGACCAGUUCUGUUGUAUUGUGCAUACCCUAUAAUGUUAACUCUAUAUAGUUAAUACCCUGUAAAGUCUCAGGUUUUUCGUUUGUGACUUAACGCAUUAGUUAAAGUACUUUAUUUUACGUGUUUGUUUAAUACUUUGGUUUUUAUAUGUAUGUGGUUCCAGUUGUGCAGGAGCUACAAAGAGAAUAAUUAAGAAAAAUACGUACGUUUAGUCUUUAAGUCUUGUGACAUGUACCUUAAAUCGAAUCUGUGAAUGUACUUUAGAGAUGUUA